AUGAUGUGUACUCAUCGUUUGCCACAGACAUUCUGGCCUUUUGCCACUGAGGCAGCCAUGUUCAUGAAGAACUUAAUGCCAAAUGUGAACAACCAAAUCCUGUACCAUGUUUUCUAUGGCAGAGACCCACAAAAGCCCUUUGCACUACUCUGGACCUUUGGGUGCCUAACCUGGGUCAAUAUACCAAAAACAAAAUGCAAGAAACUGGAUGAACCAGCCAUCCCUGCCAUCUUCAUCAGAUACAACAAAGAACACAAAGGUUGGAAGUUCCUUGCCCCUGGACACAACCCACCGAUUUUUUGGUCCAAUUCAGCACAUUUCCUACAAGACAAAUUAUGGUGUGAUUGCAAGGAUACAGCCCAAAUUCAAGAUACCAAUGCAUUGCAUUAUAAGGACAUGACCAACAUUGAGGACAUAGGCUAUGAUGACAUUGAUGAGCAUGAUGAGGAGCUCCAGCAGCCUCUCGAUGACAUAUACUGGCCCCUUCCAGUAUCCGACACGACGUUUGAGGGGGGUGUCGUAGCCCCAGGAUCUGCAGACCCAGUUGUCAAAUACUCUGCUGAUGUUAACAACACCCUUGAGCCAAACUUGCCACCAGCAUCAUCCACACAAGCUUCUGAUGGCUCUACACCCAAUGGAAGCCAACCCACCACACCACCAGGUUUGCCACUUCAACUGAAGGACCUCAACAAGAACAUCCGAGACCACACCUUCUCAGAGUAUCUCUUGAUACAGAAGGCUCAAUACUAUCACAACAAGUUUGCAGCAACAUGCGAGAUGUAUCCAUGGCUACAUCCUACAACCAUCACUGAGUUACUCCAAAUCUAUCUGAGAAUGUUCCCACCUGCAGCAGAGAUCCAUCAUUUCCAGGAAAAACUCCAUUGCAAUGGCAGGUUGGUGGACAUAGGACCCCUCCUGACUUAUGAUGCUGAGGCAUAUAUAAUGAUUGCCACAAAUCUCAAACCAUCAGUCAAAGAAGCACUGACAGGACCCAACCAAAUCCACUGGUGGGAGGCGAUCAAGGCUGAAAUGGAUGGCUUAGAGAGCAUGCAAGUCUGGGAAACUGUGGACAGGCUGGAAGGAACAACUCUUGUAGAUUCAAAGCUAGUAUUACAGGUAAAAACAGAUGCUGAUAAUGUUCCAUACAAGUUCAAGGCCAGGUUCUGUGCACAUGGUUUCUCCCAAAAGGCAGGGAUUGACUAUGAUGAGAUUUUCACCCCAGUCAUCCCAAAGGAUGCAAUUCGAACAUUGCUCACUAUUGCUGCCUGA